CGCCUCAGUUCCAGGUGAACAGUCCAUCACGACAGAUCGGCUAGGCUACGGCCGCCACUUCAACGAAACCAACAAUUUUUCUUCGUCAACGCAGAAAGAAAAAAACAAAAAAAAAAGUUUAAUUCUUCGCAUUUAUCCUGAAAAUUGUCCUUCUUUUUUACUCUGGAAAAAGAAAGAUUAUUGAUUUAUUGCGGUGUGCGAAACUCACUCUUUCAACAACAAAAAAAAAAGAUUGCCGAAGUGGAUGGUGGUAACUCUUCACCGGCGUUUACUUGUGUGUCAUCGGUGCAGCGCAUCUUUCUCCUUGAUUGGUGGAAAUUAUUAUUAUUUUGUUUGUUUUUUUUAACUGCUAAUCUCCGUUCAAUUUCACCGGGUGUCUUCAACUGACCAGGAUUACACGUUCUUUUCGCUCCCCACCCCGACAGGCAGUUGAUUUUCGUUUGGUUGGUUUAAAAUUUCUUUGACGGAGGCGCUAAACGCGCGCAAGUUCAAAUUCCCGCUUUCGACCGAGUCCCCCAAGAUGCAGCAACCAUCCAUCGGUGGGUGGAGCGUUGCUCUUGUGGCUCUCCUCUUCUUGCUCAACGCCGCAUUCAUCACCGCUAAUCAAGCUGGCGGAGAAGGAUCAACGUCCGCCUGCGACCCGUCGACCCAAGUAGCUUGCCGGAAUCAUCCCAGCAUCUGUAUCGAGGUGGAACGCGUGCAGGAUGGCGUCGCCGAUUGCCCUGACGCAUCCGACGAAGAUUGUCAACCUUGGGAGUUCACCUGUUUAUGUGGGCAGCCUCGUUGCAUCACCGGAUCUCUGGUUGGCAACGGCCAACUGGACUGCGCUGAUGGCUCCGAUGAAGGGCUGAUUGGAGGUAACUGCAAGUCGGACGAGGACUUGCAGAAUAUCGACGACCUCGUUAGAUUCCGACGUGCGUCCUCCGAUGUAAGAGUGGAAGUCAAUGGUGGUCAAACGACAACCUUCUUCCUGAAGACGGAAUUACCUCUGAUCCGGCCCAGGCCUCUCGGAGUGAUCACAUCGACCAAAGGAGCUUUCAUCAAUGAAGGAACGACAACAGAAUACACAACUCAAGUUAUCGGCACCUCGGUGGAUGGCACUUACGCCAAAAUUCAGAGCACUAAAUCGCGAAUUUUUUCGCCUGUUCCUACUGAUCUAUUCGCUGUCGAUCUGCCCGUCGAUCUUCUUCCCACUGGACUUGUUUCCAGCUCGCUGGUGACUCGUAUUCGUGGCGAAACGACAACCAUCGAAACGACUGAAUUUGUUCGCACUUUUAUCGAUCAAAUUUACGUGCAAGAAAUCCUGACGAGCUCCGAAAUUUUCGCGCCAUUGCCAUCAAUUGAUCAAAUUGGCAACGUCCAACCGUCACCUGUUAGCCGCAUUGUCAUCCCGACUGUAGUCAUCGACAGCAGCUUGGCGAACGAAGAUGAAUCCGGAAAAAUCGUUUUCAAAACAGCCCAUCUAACAUCACUGGUUGGUGAACGUGUCAUUGAAUCUUCUAUCGGAGGUAUCAAUCAAGCAUUCGAUGAAGAUAAACCAACCGACGAUGAAAGUAAAAAGAUCAUCACCAGUUUCGAAGAGGUCCCAGACAAUAAUCUACGGGGAUCUCGUGCCAGGAGUGAUUUAUUACCAGAAUCUGCCGUUCAAACGAAACCUGUUGUCGUCCUCGAAACGUUUGUUGCUGCUUUACCAUCGUCUCGCAAUGUUGAAUCUGCUCCGAUUGAAGCUGAUGUCAUUGAAACCGAAGAAGUUGUCACAGAAAACGUGGAAGUGACGACUAUCACGGCUUCAAUCGGUGAGUUGGAAGCUGACCUGCCCUUCAAAACCGAAACAGGGGGAAAGGAUCCUUCGUCGAGGGUGAACGAAGUAGAAUUGCAGCCCAUCCUAGCUGUGAAUGCUGAAUCUGUGCAGUCAGAGCCUAUUCCAUCUGUUGAUGUCGAAACCGUUGAACCCUCAGUUGUCCCUGUCGAAACCGUUGAACCCUCAGUUGUCUCUGUCGAAACCGUGGAAUCAGAGCCCGUUUCCAAUGUCCAGCUCAAGACGGGAGGCAAAGAUCCUGUUCCAGCCGUUCAUAUCGUAGCUGUGGAGUCUUUCCCAGCCGUGAAAGCCGAAAACCCUCUAACUGAAAAGCUGGAAGUGAUUUCGGCCGUGCAAGAGGAACCGACUGUCCCUGAUAGACCAGCCGAUGACCUAGAAACAGAAUUUGAACCGGAAACAUUUACGUCUGCCCCAGAAAGCGGAACUGAGCAAGGCACGGAAAGUGAACCAUCUAGUCAAGACGGUCAACGAGAACCUCGUGUCGAAAAUAAACCCCCAAUCAGACCGAAACUACCUGCCCUGGGACCAUUGCCACCACGGCCGGUAGAGCCAGCCCGACCCGUCGGACUCAUCUCUUCCUUCGAAGGUUCACUCGUCAACAACGGAGUGACCACCGUCUACACGUCGCUCAUUUUCGGUACAGUCAUCGACGGUGAAUGGGCUAACGUGGUAAGUACCAUCACCACUGUUUUGGCACCCAACGCGAUCGUCGAUACUGUCGCCCCCGUUAUAGUAGACACACCCGUUGAGAUUGUAGCUACCGUUCCGGUCGCCGUUGUCGCCACUGAGCUUCCUGCUGAGAUUCCGGCAUUUGCGGCCCAGCCUGUUGAGCUGGAAAGCAGUUUGAAUCAGCCAAUUGAAACUAGCACCCCGCUGGCGGAAACGCCGCAAGGUUUAUUGCCCGUCACUCGCGUCACUACCUUCACGUUCUUUACGACAUUCACGGAAACUAAAGGAGACGAGGUUAUUACUUCAGUUAGCUCUCGCGAAGUGGUCAGCUCCGAUGUUCAGUACGUCGAAGAGACAAUCAAACCUGAUGAUAUCGUCGAGAUGAUGUUGGGUGAAUCGGGUAACGAAACCAGUCCUUCCAUCACGACUGUCUUUAAAACGUACACCUAUUUCUCGACGCUUUUCGAUGAUACGACCACCAAAAUGAUUACUCGUGAGGAAGUCGAAUCAAGCGUGAUUACGCUGACAGGUGAAAGCCCAUUAGCCACGACACCUGUACUCCAAGAAGCCACCAAAAUGAUGGAAAGUGAGGUCAUGACUACCAAAAUGGUGGAUGAAAUUCAGCCGAGUGUCAUCGAAUCUUCGCUAAUGGAGUCUGUCGGUGACGAAGCAGGAAAAAGGAAACAGCUUUUCAGUUCGCUAGCUGGCGGUAUUGUCAAAACAUUCUUUACUACCUUCACCUUUUUCACGACGGCUUUGGUCAACGGAACAACGGUCGUGUCUAGCCGUAUUGUGGUUAGUACCAACGCUGUAACUCCCACUGUCCAGCUGACCGACAUCGACGAAGAACUCUGGGAAUCGCUGAAAGCGCAGGACGAGCGUAGAAGUCAAGAAUCAGCUUCGACAUCCGUUCCGGUUUCAACUGCUCAGACUAGCCUUCCUGUAGUGCCGUCUAUUGAAACCGUCCUUCCGGUUGUGAUCGUUUCGACUCCAGUUGUAUCGACACCCGAACCCUCCACCGUCGCUGUUGAGCCAGUCUCCCAAGAACCCGAAAUUAGUCAAGCGGAAGUAACGGUCGAGACAUCCGAAGAGCCCAUAAGCUCCACGGAUUUAAUGCCGACGCCACCACCCAUGGAGGAAACUGUUCCAGUGGCACCGAUCGAAAGCCCCGUAGAAACUACCCCCAUCGUUUCUUCGUCAGAAGCUCCGAUUGAAAUCAUUUCCGAAGAGCCAAUCGUUUCCGAAUCUCCGAUCGAGGACGUGCCGACCAUCGAUCCAUCAACAGCCACGGAACCUUCGCUUCCGCAGACGCUUUACACAACUUUCACGUACUUGACGACCUUCUUCACAGAUGGAACGUCCAAUGUCGUCAGCCGUGAAGAGACGGUGACCAACGUUCUGACGGAAAUGGAUGCUGUUAUCGAGGCCACUGUUCCAGUCUUCCCUAUUACUUACUACACUACAUUCACCUAUAAAACAACAUCGUUUGUUGAUGACCAAACAUUGAUUGACACACGAGAAGAGACCGUGACCAACAUCGUGACGCCCACAGCUUCUGCAAGCGAAGCUCCUACCGUCCAGCCAAUCGUCCCGACAUCUGUCAUUGCCAUCACUCCAACGCCAACCAUUGAUCCAGCCCUGACCACUUUCUAUACCACCUUCACCUAUUUCGCAACCAGUUUUGAAGCAGAUUCUUCCAUUGUGACCAGCAGCGUGGAAACCAUCACUAAUUACGUUUCAGCAUCAGAGACGAUCGUGGCUCCUGUGGCUACGAUUGUGCCCAGCCUCGAUGAUGCUGCCACUCCGGUUAUAGACAUCCAACCGACACCGCCAGCCGUUGAUGCUGAAGUGGUUGCCAAUAACACGGCUCGCAACAUUGGAACGAACGUCGUCAGUCAAUUGAUUGUUGAUUUGGCCGCAUCGGAGAAGAGCAACCUUCCAUCAUUGACUGGAUUGCUAUCGACCAUCCGCAGCACGUUGGUUAAUAACGGCAUUACGACUGUUUUCACAACAGACGUGCUGGGCACGUUCAUUAACGGUCAGUACGCCCGCAUCUUGGAGAGUUCCAGCGAAGUGCUCAAUCCAGCAUCUCAGCUUCCGGCGACAGUUAUUGUAGCUGCGAGCGGAGUGGAAGGUUUAGAAGCAACUGAUUUGUUUCCAUCUUCGGUGGUAACACCGUCCGUCGAGUUGGAAGGGUCUAUCGUGCUGCCCGUCAGCCCGUCUCAGACGAUUAGCACGUCACCCGCACCCGAAAGCGGAGUUGAAGAACAACAGGACAAUGAAAGCUCCAAAGUGGACGGUGGGCGUAUCACGACGCGCCUAUCGGCACCUCCCCGCAACCGCACUUUCGUUCCUGCCAUCAGGCCGUUCACCCAGCGACCGCGACCUCCUUUGCCCACUAGGCCAAGACGGCCUCCUUUCACCAGCGCCGUCAGCGUCAGUGACGAAACAACCACCUCCUCUCCAAUUUCGCCAAGCCCGGCCUCAAUUAGUGGCGGUAGCAGCAGCAGCAGCGUAAGCCGUCCAGCUCCAUUUAGUAGCCGAUUCCGGCCAUCCGGCGUUUCACCUAUCAUCGCCAGCAGCACCGCAGGGGAGUCUUCAUCCCGAAGCGGAAGCCAAUUCUUCCGUUUGCGAUCAUCUGGUUCUCCAUCUAGUAUCGGAGGAAUCAGUCCGACUCCAGUCUUGUCUUCUUCCACCGGCCUUCCGGGCCGUCGGUUCUCCAGCAGUAGCUUCGCACCGUCGAUCGGUUCUCCCCGCAGUAGUUUGGCCGGAUUAUCUGCCCGUCGACCAUCGAUUUUGAGCAGUGGUGUCCGGGCUUCCGGCCUUUCAAGCAGCACGAUCGUCAGUAGCGGUUUGAGUAGCUCCGUAUCCAGCACUCUGCGAUUCGGACGGCCAACAACUCCACUGACAGUUGCCAUUGAAGAAGAAAUUACCACCGAUGAUAAUUCUGAACCCGUGACUCCAACAACAGCCAGAGCGACUUCCUCAUUCAGGCGCCCGUCUCCGAUCAGACCGGCAAGUCCAGCCAUCGAGCCGGCAGCGGUGUCGCCACUUAUUCCAUCCCGUCGUCAAUUUCCAUUCUCAAGAGCCAAUUCUCGCAAUGUGAAUCCGGCUGUGACUGAAUCAAGUCGCUCAUCAUCCGACUCGAGUAGUUCCACUAACUCUCUUUCAUCCGAUUCGAGCGUAACAUCGCGUCCUAGAUUCGUCCGUCCGCCAAAGUUGACUUUUACUGAGAAGCCCAGACCUGCGGUUACGAGACCAACUCGUCCGGCCAGCAGGACUGAAGCUGCUGCUGCAUCAAAUGUUGAAGUAGUGACUGUCGAAGCACCUGAAGUCUCUCCUUCCCGUUCCAAACGACAGAUUGACUUCGAUCACUACUUUUACGAUCCAGCGCAUUAUCGCAGACCUUCCGCCAAGACCAGCCCGACACGUGGACGCGCUGCUAGCGCCUCAAUCGUGAACCAGGAUUACGAGUACGAACAACGUCUCGCUCUCCUUGACGCUCAAGAUUACGAUGGAUUCGAAGUUGAAGAUCGCAAAGUUACUAAAUCUCGUCAAACAUCGUCGAGCACCUCCGCCCUGCGAGACCGUCUUAUGGCCAACAGGCAGAACCGGAAUCAAGCGACUACGCCUGCCCCUCGAUCGCGGACGAGGACAUCUUCGGCUACUGCGGGAAGAACUAGUCAGAACAGAAGACCUGGAACAUCUACGUCUUCUAGAACCCGCCCUACAACCAAUGCUGCGGUAGCAAGGCAGCGAGCGAGGGUAUCUACCACGACGGAAAGGAGCUCGUCAGGUGGUCGUCGUACGUUUGGUAAUGGCCGUAGACCCAGCAAUAGAAAUCGCGUGCCCAUCAACGAUUUCGACGAAGAAGAAUUCAUUUCUCCAGAGCCAGUUUUACCCAGCUCGGCGCCUUCGCUUUCUUUGCCAAUCAGCGUGACUCACAAAGUGCCCACCGAGACGACCAUUCCAGUUGUUAACAACGGCAAGACGGAAUUCAGGACGGUGAUUGCCGCCAAGCCGAGCAUCGAAGUUUUGGAUCAAUACUCUACGAUGCGAGUUAGCGGAACAUGGCGUUAUCUAGCGAGCGAGGUUAGCGCUACCCCUACACCUGGCACCACCUUGAUUACGCAAUACGUUUUGAAACCAACCGAGACGACGACGGUGACUUUCACGCCGACCACUAUCCGUGGAAGACCUACUUCCUUUUCUCACAUUGUGCCCAGUACAGCGUUCGAAGUAGAGACGGUCGUUUCUACCAUUUCCGAUCCUCUGGCAUCGACCAACAAUUUAUUGCAGCAGCUUUUACUUGGUGGUCUGCAACAAAGCGGGCCCGUCACAAGUUUCAUCACGCAUACCAACACAUUCGUGACAACGUUGACGGAAUUGAAAACGACCAAGAUUCCAAUCACGUUGCGUGGGCAAGAAAUUUUCACGACUAUCAUCGGUUCGUUGAGCACAGUCAUCACGGCUACUGAUUUCAGUACGGAGACGAUUAUCACGGGGCCAACGGAUGCUCCAGGAAAUGCUUUGGCUAAUCUGCUUCCAGCUCUUCUGGGUAAUCAAUUAUUGCAAGCUCAACUAUUGGCUCCCCAGCUGCAACCUGCACAGGUUUUACCCAUUCAGGCUACACAGGUUCCGCAAGCCGCUGUUGUUCCACAAAAGAAAAAGGAAGAAAUCUUAUCCAGUCAAAUGUUUGAGGAGUUUGACGAAGUUGCUUUCGAGCCGCUCGAGGAAUUCAAAGUCGUCGAACAGCCGAGAGAGGAAAUUGUUCCCGCGAAACCCAUACCGGUUACGAGCGUAAUCACUCUCUUCUUGUCUGGUCGACGACCUGGAGAAUUCAGCUCCAUUUUGUCUACGAUCACGCUGGAUGGCAAUGCAGCCGAUGCUACGGUAGUCAAACGCCAAGUUGAUCCUACCGAUAUCCUUCCAAUGGAGGCUUCCCAACUUCCUUUCUUGGUCGGAACAGACAAGGGAAUCUACGAAUUGCCCGAGAAUUAUUCACCGCUAGAUCUCGAUUAUUACGUCAUGUCGGCCAUCAACGAAAUGGACACUGAAGCCAUUGAAGAUGUUAAAGAGACCCAACGUUUGGCUGACGUUAUCAAGAAGGCUAAAGGAAACAGCAGACGCAAAGCUCGUCAAGUUUCGUACGAAUGGACGGAUGAGGAACCGCUGGAAGCUAUUGAAUCUAAUCUGGAGGAAUUCAAAGUAGAGCCAUUGCCCAGUGGACGUGGAACGCUCCGGCGCAGGACCGUCACUCGCAAAGUAUCCGAUAUUGUUUCUGAACGAAAAAUCGGUGAAGAUUUCGUAUCGAACAAUCGCGCACGUAAAGUGGUGGUCGUCACUCGACGCCGUCCCGUUUCAUCCGCCAGCGUCGUCGACGAUCAGAAAAUUGCCCGCCGGAUCGAUAAAGGGGAAUCGAACAAUGCCGACGGCAAACCUUUUGUCGUCAUCCGCAAGAGACCAGUCAAUCGAACAGAAACGAAAAGUGAAGCGCCACCUCUUUCUUCUUCGUUGAUCGAACCGGAAACGGAAUCUCCAGUGCGUAACAACCUCUUCGGAGAUGCUUAUGCUCCUCGCACUUAUUUCACCGUCUAUUCCUAUUUCUACACGCUACUAAACGGCCCCAAUUCCGGACAAGUCUCUACCCGUGAAGUCAGCAUUUCGGAAGUUGUCCGCGGUUCAGACGGUCGCCUUCCGGCUGGAUUUCAGCGCACAGAAAAUGGAAAUGGAUUGUAUCCGCUGAGCAGCGGCAAAUCGGUGGCUGACCUGAGUACUCGCGUCAACAACGGCAUCACGACGCAAGUUAAUUUGGCAUCGAUCACGUUGGUCAAAUACGGCCGAGGAGCCAUUCGAGCCUCUGCCAUCGCCGCCAAAGCCAAGGAGGAAACACCUGUCCGUCCUACGACGCAGCCUCCCCGAAGAGUAUCUAUUGUACCCACUCCUCGAGUCGAACCAUCUUUCGAUGAUUUCGCAUCGGACGUCAAUGAUGUUACGCCCACGCAGAAACUUCCAUCCGGAACAACACGGACUAGAGGACGAGCUCUGGAACUAUCCAAGUCCACAAACAUUGUGCGCCAGCCUGUUGCUGUUGAAGAGACGAAGAUCAGCCGGCCUUCUGGCAGCAAUCGUGGAAGAGGCACCGUCCGUUUCAAUCCAGCAUCGGUUUUAGGUGAAAGCAUUGAUGUGAUACCCACGGUGGUUAGAUCCCGUGUCAAUGCCGAACCUCGAGUUCCACAACAGCAACCCCGAAUUAUAUCGGGACCGACUCGUGGCCCUGUCCGAGUUCCAGCACGAGUUCCACUGCGGAACACGAUCGUACGAGAACCUUUUCGCAAACCGGAACCUGUUGUCCGCAACCCAAUAGUCCGAGGUCGUCCCCGACCGAUAGAAGAGCAAGAACUCUUUGUUGAUAUUCCAGAAGAAGAACCGAUUCAGCCUUUUGAAGAUGAAGUUUUCUAUGACGACCCUGGAUUCACGGAGGACCCACCGGCUGACGAAGAUUAUUUUUACGAUCAUCACGAAGAUGAACUACCGUUGCUCGAUGGACAAGAACCAGAAUAUGAUGACUUUGUAGAUACUAAUGAGCCGCCGCAACUCGUUAACAUUAACGCUGUUGAAACAGCAACACCGGCAGUUAAGACAAAGACAACCGUGACCACCGUGGCUAGCGCAACUGUCAGCGAAACGAGUAGCAAUACGAAAUUGAUUGGCGUGACACCGACACGCCGCACGACCAUUUCACGUAAAUUGCUGAAUCCCCUUCAGAGCCACUUGAGCAGUAUUUUGGCCAAUUCCCGAUCCGGUUUGAGAGCCAGCUCCAGCGUGCUAAAGACUAAUGAGCCCGGUUCAUCGAAUCCCUUCCGUUCUCGUUCCCACUCGAAAUCUAGCGUCAUCCCGACGUUCACAACAUCCACCGUUGUAUGGGAACAAUUCCAAACGCUCUCUACUUUAGCCGUUGACGGAGGUCGAAGCGGCAUACCCCUCACGCUGAUCACGUCGUCAUUGACAACCUUGUUCGACUCUGAAUUGUCUUUACUGACGGCAUCUCCUGAUGUGUUCAAACCAGUCGUUCAACCAACUGUUUUGCCCAUGUCACGAAACAAGCCGCAUAAUUUCAAUCCGACGGCUCGUUUGACAUUGCCCAUUCGAGCAUCGGUCGCUAUCGGCCUGUUACCAUCGACUGGUACCAUCGAGUCGACCAUCGAAGACACAUCCGAGCCUACGACGGAAUCCAAUGUGGACACCACCGAGGUACCCAACCUGUCCGACCUGUUGCUUCGCGGUGGUAAUCUCGUCACGGUCGUCGAGACACAGUUGAAAACUUUCACCGCUGUCGUCACACGAAAGAGCGGAGACGAGGAGGAGGUCACCACCCGUCUAGAAGUUCUACCCGAAUUGGUAACCAAGACGAUUGUGCAAAUCGAGCCAACAGCAGUCGUUGAUGUCCAAGCAUCCCUAGACGCUUUGGAAAAUCUUGUUCCGACAGCUCGGGCUAUUCCUGCCAGAGACGGACGCGAGCAGCUGAUCCGCGAUGACGGUGUCGAAGAAGUUCGGGGCGGUCGCCUUAAUGUGGGCGUUGGCAGCAGCAAUCGAAACCCGAAUUUCGCCACGAAAAUAAUGAGCAAUGGAGUCGAAGUUCUCGUUGCCAACGAGAAGAAAUCGACGCUUUUGGCGCAGAACGUCGUUCAGAAGAGCCAGACGGUCAUUGAGCCAAGCCCGCCAAUUACACUAGCGGCUAGCACACUUGUUAAUCAAGUUACGUUGGCCGGCCAAGUGGAAAAUGUCCGCCUCUUCUCCUCCAUUCAAUCGGAUCCAGCUCGAUUUCAAACGUUUACCCAAAUGACGACCUUCACCUAUUUGACGACGCUGUUUGAUGGCGCUUCAAAAUUGGUCAGCAGUCGGGAGGAGAUCAUCACUAACUUUGUAACGCAAGAGAAGGGACGCAAAGAGACUGUAGUCAAACCAACAGCUACCGUUACGACUGGCCAGCCCGGUUCUUCCAAUUACAAUACUUUCACCCACAUGACCACUUACACUUACUUCAACACUUUCCUCGACCAGAAGAGGCCCGUUGUUUUGACCUCCCAGGAAACGGUUUCCAAUGUCAUCACCGUUCCAGCUGGCCAGCCUGAAGCUACAGAACGUACCCUGGAAACGUCUACAUAUUUGAGGACCUAUAUCUUUUCCAGCAAACUCGACAGGGAUGCGAUCGCCACGUCCAAGGAAGUAGUGACCCAAGUUGUCGUAACGGAAGCCCCGCGUUUGAAGGUCCUACCGACGCCCGUCGCCACGUUUAUGGAAGUCACUAAAACAUAUCUCAACACGUUGACUUUGAUGUCGACUCAAAUCGAUGGCACAACAUCGACCGUCCAUCGCGUUACCACAGUCCGGCCGGAAAUAGUCGUCGAGACCAUCCGUGAUUUUGAACCGACUCCAGUUCUAGAAGGCUCUCAAAUAAUGCCAACCGAAAAUGAUUUUGGAGGAGACGGACCACUUGUGGCCACUAAAACUUACUUCACCACCAAAACUCACUUUACGACUCUCCAGCAAGGCACCAAGACUAUCGUCCAGUCUCGCAAAGAAGUCCGGUCUUCGGUCGUCACGGAAACUAUCGACGGGAAUCGAGCUUCGCUUUUCGCUCAACAGGAUACCUCCACCAAGGUUCCAGGAGAUCAAAAGACUCGUCCAACUUACAUCCAGCUGGGUCCCAAUCUCUACGGAAAGCUGAGGACUCUCUUCGCUACAGCCACAUAUUACAUCACUAAUUCGGCUGGUGAUAUUUCAUCAAAACGUUUAGUCGUCCCACAAGUUACAACCGAUGUGGUGCCGCUGGAUUCCAUCCCGUCGGAAGCACUGAUCGAGCCAUCCAUUCCCGCCCUGUCCGAUAUUGAGGUGACUGCAGUACCUUCCGGAUCCAACCAGGUCCUGACACCAGAGCAGCUUCAGUCAUUGAAACUCUCCUUCCUUGCUAGCCAGCAAUCGUCGGCUGUUAACAUUCAGCCCAGCUUGAUUUUGAGUCCGGAACAUUUGAGCUCGUUGAAAGAAUCUUUCUUGUCCAAUAAGCCGUCAGUCACACCGACCGAUUCGCCAUUUGAGACGAUCGAUUCGAGCACCGAUCCUGAAGUGACUGAAAUUACCACCGAUCCUACCAAUGAGGACGGUUUCGAACCACCUUUUAUCAGUUUGUCGCCGCCGGAAGCAGGUGAACCGUCGCCGGAAACUGUGAUUAUGGUGACCAACACAGCAGGUGAGGUUUUGAUCAUCCCGACCGAGAUUCUCGGCACCCAACCGUCGUCGACAUCGACAUCGUCAUCAUCAUCAUCAUCUGGCAUCAUUGGCGGAUUGAGCGGAGGUACAUUGGCAUCCAUAUUGGGCGGUCUCGGUACAAUUGGAUUAACGGCAUUGGGUCAAAGUUUUGCAAACAAUAAUCCCGGUGGUCUGAAUAUUAACCUGGGUCCGGUGUUUGACGCCAUGACGGGCGUUCUCUCCAAUGGACUCAUUGCGUCCAGACGGAAUAGUACGGAUCGUUCCGACUCUGCUACCCAUACCCAUUUAACCUCGCUUAACCAACAACAACUAUCUAACACAAUCCAAUCCAGUAAACCUCAUGUGCCCUUACAUGAACCAAUGUUCAUCCCUAUCGGUGGAUUAGCAGGUGUGGAGACGUUACAGCAGAAUCCCGACGUGCAAGGCCGUCGCCCGCCCAACGUCAUUCCAUUGAAACCUAUUGUGGGCCAGCAGCCACCACAGCCGUUGACGCCCAACCAGCCGCAAAGGCCACCCACUGUUCUCCGUCGCCCUGAGCCUGGAGUGCCACUUCAACCUGGUGUGCCCGGUUCACCUCUUCUCCGCCCUGGUUCUAAUGCUGGCCAACAGUUUGGAAUAAGCCAGUCCGCUCAGCAGCCAAUUCCACCUCCGGCACCUAUUAGCUUUAGCGCUCCACCUCUGCAGACGGGAUUCACGGGCAUGCCCAAUCAGCCAAAGAGCAUUCUUCCGGCUACGCGCACCGCUGGAUUGGCAACAGCUGUUCCAGGUGUUCGCCCACCUCCACCACCAUUCGUCAACGGUCAAAAUAACAUUGAUCGUGUUCAAAUCGAACCCAGCCGACCCAUCCAGCAAUCAAGCCGCCCACCUAACGGCCAGUUCUUUGCUGCUAAUGGACAACAGAUCAACGUACCACCUUUGCCUGGCUCUGUAAUACCACCACCACCCGCAUCUCCACCUCCACCACCACCUGGUCCUAUUCCCCAACCUCCGGUUGAUGUCAUUGGUCCUGGAUCGAUCGUUCCUGGUCCUGAUGGUAAACCGGUGAGAAUUGUACCUGUUCCAGAAGGUGAAGAGCCUCCACCAGGCGCUGUUGGACAAGUCUUUAUCCGACCUGUUCCUGCUCCUGCUCCUGCUCCAAUCAUUCCAUCCAUCAUUCGACCCGAGCAGCAACAGCCUCCCAGACGUGAAGAUGUCAACGUUCCUCUGCUUCCAGUUCGUCCACCACCUAUCCAGAUUCCGGCUGUGCAAACAAUUGCCUCUAUCGUCGGUGAGAACACAAUUGUUGCUACCAACAUCGUCAGUGGCGGACAAACAACUGUGCUCCUGCCCAACGAUCCUACCCCCGUCUUUAACAUGCCUAGCACUGCAGCUUGGCCGUCAAUUGUUCCAUCAGGCAUUAAGCCAUCUGCCGUUGAAAGUUUCAGCGUGAUGCCCACUGAUGUACCGGAAUCAGGAGGCAAUCUUGAAGGAAUGGGCAGCAUCUUGCAUCCUGGUUUGACUCCUUCCACAUCGACCAGCAACAUGAAAGAAGUGAGCAGCAUGCAGGACACCGACUUGUCUUCUUCCACAGCGCCCACCAGUUUGGAAGGAGUUGGCACCAUCUUGCAGCCUGGCUUGGCACCAUCUCCACCGCCAGCUGGAGGCAAUAUCGAAGGAGGAGGUAGCAUUUUGCAACCUGGAUUGGUUCCUUCCGGAUCGGCAGAUUUGCCACCUGUUGCUGAAGCUUCGUCUACGUCAGUAACUCCAGCCCUUCACGAAUUCGCGUUCGGUUCGGAAAGCGGUGAAGUUGAUCACACACCAACAUUGAACAUCUUCUCCGACAGUCCUUCCACAGAGAUUAUGCCUUCUGUCUUCCAGAACGCACCAUCCGAAUCCCCGACGAUUUCAACCAGAUGGCCUCUUGUCCACCACGAUUUGGACACACCUGAACGGAAAGAAAUUUUCGGUGUCACGUCUGUCGUGAUGGGACCUGGAAGUCCAGAUUUCACGACUGUAGUCUCCCGUGUAGAAGCUGAUGGCCGGACUGCGUUCUCCACUAUCAUCCAGAAAUCUACAACCAUCACCUACGUUGAACCAACAACAAUGCCUACUACUGCGGCCAGUCCAGUCAUACCGGCCAUCGAAGAAGAAGAAGAAGAAGAACAAGCGGAAAAGAUUGCGGAGCCAGCCUUAACGUUCCCACCUAACUCUCCGUUCGUUCCUCCAACGAAUCCUCCAUUGCGCCCACAGGCCAUCAGCAGUAGCAGCAGCACAAGUACUACUAAAUCUAAAACAACUUCUACGACACCUGCCGCAAAGGUAGAACCCCCAAUGGCCAAGGAUGUCAUCGUGGACAACACUGGUAACAAGGUCGUCUUGGGUGGCGGAUUCGGUGGAUCUUUCAGCGUCAACCAACCUUCGUCCAUUGAAGAUGGUUGUCGUGGCCGUUGCAGCAAAGAAAAAUCAGAGGUGUGCGUCUACGCCAACGGCCAACACGAAUGUCUGUGCCGUCCUGGAUACAGUCGCUCCGAUCCUUUCGAAAGCUGCAGCAAAACGUACACCUACCAAUUGAAAUUGGUGUUGGAGAGCAUGAACAGGACCAUGUUGCAUUUCGACAGCAACUUGAAGGACGAAAUUUCGCCACAGUACCGUAGUUUGGCGUCGAAUGCUCGAAUGGGUCUUAAACAAGCCUUGAUGAGCACAGAUUUGUCUGAAUCUGUUCAAGACAGUCAGGUGAUGGGUAUUCAUCCAACCAGCGAAAGCGAAUUGCAGAGCGAUGGUGUCUUGGUCGAUUUCUUUAUUCAUUUGGCAAAACAACAAGACGAGAAUGAACUCAAGAGUAAACUGGUGAAAUCCCUGGAACGUAAUAAUUACUUCCUCGGUGAGAGCGACAUCACUGCUGCUCGUUUCACCGACAGUCUUCAAGCUCAAGACUUUGACGAAUGCAGUCAUGAGGGUCAUCAUGAUUGUUCGGAAUUCGCUGACUGUAUUAACGAAAAGGGAUCUUAUCGUUGUCAAUGUAGACCAGGUUUCAUCGAUUCUUCUGACGAGGAUGGUCGCAUUUGUCUUGCCGAACGCCAAGAUUGCGAAGAAUGCAGUGGUCACGGACGAUGCGUGUUUGAGCCCACUUCAAAUGAAAUGACUUGUAUAUGCAAUAAGUGGUUUGCCGGCAAAGAAUGCCACAUCAAUUUGAAGGUGGUAAUGAUCGUCGUGCUGGCAGUCGGUAUCUUCACGAUCCUUCUUAUAACUGCCAUAAUCGUCGUUUGCUGUUUGCGUUCGCGACGGGCCAAGGGAUCCAUCACUGGUGGACCUUCUUUCCUCAGAUACAGGGGUCCGAGUGUUCCCGCUAGUGGUACUCUUGAUAGAGCGGCCAUGAUUCGUGGAGAUACAAGCAGUGAAGGCAGUGGCAACGACAACUUUGGCGCUGGAACAAGCACGUUGGAUGGCAAAGCAGCAGCACGUGUUUCAGCUGGAGGCCCCGCUCUUCAGAGCUACAGGCCUUACGGAGAGGGUCUAAUGAUCCCCAGAGCCAAACACCAGCACGGCCCCACAACGGCUUCCGCAAACAAUUCCAGUUCCGCCGAAAGAGGCGAAGCUGCACCAAACAGAGAACAUCAAUUGAUGGAUUAUCUUGAUGGACGCGGUCCCAAGAAAGUCCUUCCGGAUAGGGAUGGUAAAAUGACAGACACCCGUUCAAGCGAAGUCCUCUCGGCAGGUGGUAGAACUUCAGUCAGCAGCACUUCACAAUUCCGCGACAGCCUUGGAAAAAUGGAAUCUGCGGAAACGGACGCACAGGGAAAAGCUGAGCUAGAAACGACCGUAUCGGAAGUUCGAUCAUUCGAUGAAACGACCAUCCACCCGGCAACGAGACGACCUGCCCAAUAUUACCAAAGCGAUGCUGCGGCUAUGGAAUCUGAUGGCAUGUCAGACAGGCAUCCGGCUGGUGCCCGUGACACGGUGUUGAGUGAUCAAAAAACACUGAUUCAACAGUUGCUUUCCUAUCCCCAACCGUUCACCAUUACCCGUCCGAAAGUCUACAAAUCCCUUCCGAGAGAGUGACAACUCCAACUUUGAUUCUUUGUAGACCACUACGUUUGCGAUGAUCGUAGCCAGAAAAUCUUGAAUUAAAAAUUGUUUUUCUUUCUCUCGUGAGCGAAUACCAGAGCUCUUAAAUUUAUGUAACAACCCAGCAGGUCGCACGAAAGGAAGAGCGAUUCAAGUACAUAGUUGAUGAUUGGGUUUUAUGAAUUUCUUCGGUUUUUUUUCCGCUUUUUGUUUCAUUUCUUGCUGAAGAAAACAAAUGAAAGCAAAAGAUGUGUUUGCUCAACUGCCGGGAAAGAUUUUUUUCUUUUUUCUUUUGCAUUGUUAUAAUAUCGACCAACACCACACAUUUUCUGUAUCCCCCUUUUUUAUUCAUUUAUUUGUACUUCAUUGAUUGUGAGUGAAGAAAAAUUUUAUUUGGUGCCUUUUUUUAUAUAGAAAAAGAAGGGAACAUGUUUUUAAUGUUUUUAAUUAACAUCCAGCAUCUAUAUCUUUUAUCUGUUUAUAUGCAUAACUUUAAUGUUUGGGCGCGAUCAGGUGACAGUUUCAAUCACCAAAAAUAUGGCAACCGCAGAGGAAAAUGAUUAAAUAAAAGAAUAUCUUCUCCUCCCCCCUCCAAAAAAAAAAAAAAAAAAAAAACAUAUUUAGCUGAGGAGAACAAAAAAUGUAACAACUAACCUUUGGCUGGACCAAUUUUUUUAUCAUGUUUAGACAAACUAAAAAACAUACAAACAUAUACAGUGUCCAGUGAAUUGUUUUUCCGUUUGACAAGAGUGUCUCCACACUAAAACUUUUUUUUGUAUUAUUUUAUCUUUCUUUAUCUGGAAUGAUCCCUUUCAAAAAAUUGCCUGUAUAAAGCUUGGUCUACGCUGAAAUGUUUAUUUCAAUACAUCGCCAAAACUAAUAAA